AUGCUAAAAGAAGAAAGCGUAGAAGUCGAACUGGUAAAAUUAGAAAACGAAAUAAGUAAAGGUGAAAACAGCUUUGAAAAAAAAAAAAAAAAAAAAGUCCAAUUUUCAGACAAAAAUGAAACGAUAUAUUAUGAAAAAGACGAAAAUGAAAACAGUUAUUUCAAUUUUGCCGUUAACAACUUUAACUACUUUGAAUGCUUUUACAACGAGAUGUAUAACUGUGACUUUGAUGAGAAGGAGUUUAAGGCUGGGCAUUCCUUCCUAAAUGAAGAGGAUCAUAAAGGGGGAAGUUAUAAUUCCCUUGAAAUUUUUGAGGCGAAGGAUUCUUCGGAUGAAGGUACCAGAAAAGAGAAUAGAAAAGAGAAUGGAAUAGAGAAUGGAAUAGAUAAUGCAAAAGAGAAUGGCAGAGGGAGAGGGGUGGUUAGAAGAGGGUACGUUGCCAUGAAUACUGGGGAGGAUGAAUCUCCUGAUGGGGAAAUCCACGGGGAAUCAACAAAAGGCGCUUUUUCCAGUCGAGACGGAAAAAACCAAUCACUUAAAAGAGAAAGGUUUACUCAUUCCUUUAAUGAAGAUUCCUCCUUCGAAGUGAACGACGUACAUGCAGCCAUUUUAAAUGCAGAGGAAAGAACUAGCCAUUAUAGUGAAGACUAUUUCGGGUUUAACAUCGAACCCUUUAACAUGAAGAACGAAUUGAAGGAAGGAUACAUAGACAAGCAUGGCAACUACAUUUACAACCACUCGGACGGUGAUGAUUUUGAGGAGGCCUGGUUAAAGUCAGUUGAUGAGGAAGAUCCGUUCACCUCAUUUUCCAAUAAAAAAAUUAAAGCAAAAAUACACAACGAAACCGUGUCUAAAUUUGAUAAGUUCAAAAAUCAAAGUCUCAAUAAUAAUUCCCUCUCUGUGAAUAUAUACGAUGCUUUGUACUCCCUCUCUUGUCUGCUAAUUGAAAAGGAAACACCAAUUAAAGCCAUGGUUAGAUACAAGAGAGAUUUGAAGCUCUGUAAAAAUUACUUAAAUGAAUGCAAACUGAAGUUAGAUAAAUUCAGGUUCGUUUCGUCCCCACGGGAGAGCAAUGAAUCUUCGAAAGAUCCGAAUGUGUCCAAGUCAUGUCAAGGGGCAGAUGCGGACCGCUCCGAAUCGAACGAAGGGAAAAGGGACGAGGACAGAAGGGCCCCUGUGAGGAGAUCAGGUAAGAAGAACAUCCUGCAGGUGAAAUUGAAAACACGGGCAGGCGAUUCGGUAGGGAAGGAAGGGGAGGAAACCUUGGUAAACGAGGCCGUAGACAAGGAAGUCAUUCCAAAUGGAGACACGCAGAGUGAGGAGGAUGAGCAUGAGGGUGAGAAGAGCGAAGCCACUCCCCGUGAGGAACAUCCCGUCGAGGAGGAAGAGCAGCCACGGGAGGAGGAACCCCCGGCGAAGGAAUCGACAGAAGAGGACAAUGUAGCAGAUGGAGAUGAGGAAGCAGAAGGGGAGGAGAAGGUGGCGGAAGAUGAUAAAACGGCUGAACAGGGGGGACAAGCGAUGGAAGAAGAAGGAGUAGCUGAACAGGGGGAUAAAGCGGCUGAUGAGGAGAAGGACGCCCUCAGAGAGAGUGAAGAGCCAAACGAGUUGCAGAGGCUGGAAGAAACAUACCAGAAGAUUGCCCUGGACUACAAAACAAUCGAAAGGAGGUUUAACAACCUGAUAGAUUUGACGCAGAAAUUGACAAACGAAUAUAAGAACGUGUACUUCUUGGCGAAGCACGAAUGUGAAGCCUUAUGUAAAAAGCUGGAGGAAUCCAAGGACGAAAGUGUAGACAUACAAUGGCAGCUGAGGUGGACCAGUGAUGCUAACAACAAUGUCUAUGGUCCUUACAACUACUAUGAUAUAUAUAAUUUAAUAUCCGUCGGAAUUGUGUCGGCGGAAAAUCCAAUCCAGCUAAGAAGGAUAAACAAGGAAAACAAAGUUUUAGAAAAUAUAUGGCAAAUGUACGACGCUGUCAACUAUCUUACAUUUGUUAGCAACGAAAAUGUUAAAAAAAAGAGGAAAUUGAGUGAAACCACGAACCAGGUGGAGACGAAAGAAGAUGGGAGCGACGAAGAGGACAACUCCCUGGAUGAUGAGUAUGAUAUUAAGAAGAAGAAGCGGAAGAAGAAGGGCCUCAUCCAGAUAUCGAAAAAGAAGGAGAUGUCCUCCACCAAUGAGGACGAUUCGGACAACGAAGAGGAUGACUAUGAAAACUAUGACUACUGA